AAUAGUCGAGUGCGUGAGAUUCAUUUCGGAAUUUCAGCUUUUUACUGCAAUCGGUUAAAGAAACAACUUACAAUCAUGUCGCAAAUGCUUCUAAAUAAUGUUCCGAAACGGAUUUUGGCGAAAGCAACACUUGUUAACGUUUAUAUGCCCCCAAAGCACCGACCAAAAGUGCUUGUUUUGUGCACUGAUUGCCACUUGUAUGAAGUAGAACGCAAAGAAAUCGCCUUUUCUUACGAUUUGAGUGAUUCGGUCUUGAAAGAUGUUGUAUUGCCCCGGUACGUGCUCAAGGACAGCUACGGUGAAUUGGAUUGUUCGAUUUCGCAACGAUCAGACUCAGAAUUGGAAGAUGUUCGUUUUGGCAAAUAUUACACAUACAGUGGGUGUAAGAAGCGACUUUUCAUCCUAAUAAAGGCGUUCGACAAACUGGUUGUUGUCGAAAGGACGGAUGAAGGAUUUAUGCUUGUUAAAGAGUACACCAAUGUCGAUCGUUUUGAAGUUACCGAUCCAGAUAGCAACUAUCGUGCGGUCAUUGCUAUUUAUCAAAACGGAUUAAGCCCUAUUUUCGAGACCUUCAUUGAAAAUCAUUACAAUGACUUACCUUCAACGCCCAAAAUUGUCGAGCAAGAUGAAAGUUUCAGUGUUGCUACAGAGCGCAUUUCUGAAGUUAAAACCGAACUCGCGGUUCAGAAAGUUGCCACUUCAAGGCAAUUUAUUGACUUGAAGGAUCAUCUCACAUUUGGGCCCGAUCAAAUUCGAAGUGAUAGAAUUGAAGAGAAGCAGCCACUUGGGAAAUAUGGUGAUAUUUGGAUGAAAAUUUCUGGAGAAUUUCUUGUUAUUGGCAUACCUGUUAUCAACAAUUGCAGUCGCAGAUUAACAAUUCUUCAAAACGUACGUGCAGCCAUGGUAUGUGAUAGCAAGGACAACGUUGAAUACGAAUGUAAUAUUUAUGAGUUGAAGGACGAUUCAUACCAGUUUGAUAAUAUCAAUGAGUUAUUAGAUAGUUCAGAAGAAUGUAAUACUGCGCUUACAUUCAGUAAGGACUGGCAACCAAUAAAGAAUAGAGUAUUACGACCAGAAACAUCUGCCGUUGUGAUCAUUACAAUGAAGCUGAACACCAUCCUCGACACUAUAUCCUCCAAUAUUAAGUGCCAUUGUUUCCUAUUAUAUGAUAUAUCCAAUGAUACAUUGGAUAUCAAAUCAUCUCAACAAUAUUACGUGAGAACUAUUGAAAUAGGCACGAAUAUCUUAUGCCUGCCUGAAUACCAAAUCGCCUUCGACCCACGUACAAUAUACAGAGAUUUACUAGCAAUAAGUGCGACAUCGAAACUAUUCGUAUGGGUCGUAGAGCAUAAAUUGGGGUCGAUUGCGGGAAAAUUGGCGACAUUCCUUAUCAACACAUUCGGAUUUAGUCGAUUAAUUCUGGAUAACGAUGCAGAUGAAAGGAUGGAUGUUGACGCAACCCUUGGUACUUUAUCCACUCGUCAUGACAUUCUCCCUGAAGACAUAGCAAAGGACCGCAGUGAAAUAUUCUAUCACCAACCGACGGGGCACAACCAUCUGAUGGGCACGUUGAUAAGGACUGAAUCACAACCAAAUAGACUACUUCUGAAAAUAUACGUCAGGGAGGACUACAAGGCGCUCUACAUUUAUAGCACACUACACCGAGAGUUCGAGGAAGAAUGUACGAUUCGUCCAAUAACUUAUAAUUGGGAUGAUUGCUAUCAAAAAACAAAUUUACUGAAUUUCCACGAAAGUCUCCAGAAAGAAAUCGAAAUAGCAAUCGACAAUUUAGAUGUCGUCAGCCAGAAGGGAAAACUGAAUCGAUCGGAAUUUCAUGAAUCUCAGAUUAAAAUGUAUGUUCAGGAAUUUAAAACUGAUUGCAUUUUUUCGAAUGUUAAUUUGCCGUAGCAGAUUCGUAUUUGGUAUGUUCACAAAAUAAAAAUGAUGCUUUUCAUUGUUAAAAUCAGUAUUUUUUGUGAUAAAAGGAAUAUCUUAAAGUAGAUUUUAUUUCUCUGCAUCAUAUUUAGAAAAAAUGAAUAUUGUGUGCUGAAUGACCCCUUCCCUAUUUUGUAAUUUUCUUCAAAACUACUUUUGAUGUAUCUACAUAGAUAAAUUUAAUCAGUCUUAUUGCUUAUGCUGAUGCAGUAGCUACUCAUACAAGCUACUAUUCAUCUGUUUGAUAAAUAUAUGUAUUUGCUCGCAGUGGCGACCCAGA